UUAAGCUUGUGCUCCUUUUCUCGCAGAUUGGCGGCGGCGGCGGCAGCCAGGGCGAUUGUACAGCAGGCGCAGUGCAGUGCUGCCAGUACCGCGGUAGUAGCAGCGCAGGGAUGGAUUGGAUAGCUGCGCAGUAGCAGAGCAGCGCGGUACCAGAGAUUUUAGGGAUUUCCUUGCCCCCAAUUGCAUUUCUCGCGCUUUCUUUCUUUCUUUCUCUCUCUCCUCUUUCUUUCGCUGCUCGCUCGUGAAUCGAGACUGGCUAGCUAUAGGGCUGCCUCUUCUUCCUCCUCAAAUCUCUCCUCUAUCCUUUCGCGCCCUCUGCUUUGCACGGCACGGUAAAGCACACACAAGACGCGCAGGGCAAGUGGCUGGGCUGUGCUCGCUCCCCGCGCUGCACAGAUUUUGUUUGGAGCCAGGAGGCACAGCGGCAGCUCCAAUUCCGGCCGCGUUCUUGCUUGCCCAGAUUGUCUGGGGCACGGGAGCAAAGCCAAUCCAAUCUGGCCGCCGCGAUUCCGGAAGAAAUCGCGCUCGCUGCUGCUAGCACGAAGACGAAGAACACAGAGACUCAUCCAAAAAAUGAUUUGAUAGGGGGACCAGGGCUAAGAGUUUGAUAGAUUGGUAGAUUGACGGCAGCAGCAGUAGGAGCUACAGUGGAAGAGCGAAAGAGAUUUUUUCCUCUCGCUCCAGUUUUUUUCUUCUGGUCUUGGUGUUCUUCCUGGCUCCUCUAUGCAUCCUCGAGUGUUUGGUUCUCUCGUCUUGAUCAAUCAAGCCCAGCAGUGGAUCUUGCCAGUGUUUUAAAUUUCUCUCUUCUUUUCUUUUUCCGAAGCUCUGGAGUCCGGGUACUACGAUCUGUCGACCGCUAUACUUUUCUUUUGGGCAUACUCUUUUCUCCCUCCCCUGUUUUCUCGCAGCGAUCGCGCAGAUCUGGGAAGUGAAGCGAGCAAUCUACGCCAAGAAUGUAGGUAGCUAGCUAUCGGAUCGAUCGAUUCAUUCUUUUCUCGAGAUUCUCGCGCGGACUGAUGGAUCGCCCGGGAGGAGAGCUUCCAGAUGGAUCAGGGCGCUGGGUAUAGCGAUGGAUUUGCCGCGCCCAGAAGAAGAUCGGGGGAGGAAAUAGGGUUUAGGGUUUUUGCUCACGAGCACGAAGAACAAGAAAGAAUGUCCUCCGACGAGGAGCCCGAUCGAGACCAGGCACUGAUCCCCGGGCUACCGCGCGGCGUGGCGCAGAGCUGCCUCGCGCGCGUACCGCGCGGACUCUACCCCCGCCUCCGCCUCGUGUCGCGCCAGUGGAAUCAAGCCCUCCGCCCCGACCAAAUCUUCUCCAUCCGAUCCAACGACGGCAUCUCGGAGCCCUGGCUCUACAUCACACUCGCCAUGGGCGGCCCCUUCUUCGCGCUGGAUCCAAUUCUCAUGGCCUGGCAUCGCCUCCCGGCCUUUCCCGCGGACCAGAUCUUCACGGACAACGAUAAGGAGUGCUUCGUGGCCGGGCGGGAGCUCCUGGUGGUCGGGCCCUCGUUCUACAACUUCCGGAUGCACCCGGUCAUCUGGCGGUACCGCGCGGACCGCAACGAGUGGUCUGCGGCGCCGCCCAUGACGACGCCGCGGUGCCAGUUCGCGUCCGCCAGCUUCGGCGGCAUGGCGUACGUGGCCGGCGGCGCGGGGUUUGGGACCAGCACGCCGCUGCGCGACGCGGAGGUGUACUGCAGCGGCGCCGGGCGCUGGCGCGCGCUACCGCCCAUGCAUACCGCGCGGAAGGAGUGCUCGGGGUUCGUGAUGGACGGCUGCUUUUACGUGAUUGGGGGGACGGACGGCCGAGAUCAGCCGGUCACGGCAGGUGAGCGGUUCGAUCCCAGGACUCGGCGGUGGACGGUCAUACCGGGGCUUUGGCCGGAGAGUAGCGUGUCGCGGUUUAGAGGCUCGGUGGCGCCGCCGCUAGUGGCGGUGGUGGGCGACGUGCUGUACGCGUGGGAUCAUCCCAACGGUCUGUUGAAGAGGUAUGAGAAGUUUGGCGGGAGGUGGACGGUGCUGGAUGCGGCGGCGGGGCGGCGGGCAAAUGCCGAGUCCCAUGGAUGGGGGCUAGGGUUUAAGGGCGUCGGGGAGGAGGUGUGGCUCAUCGGCGGCUCCGAGCUGGAUGUGCCGUUCAUCGAUGCGUGCCGCCCGGCGCGAUCCGGCGGCGUGCUGUGGCGGCGCGUCGCGGAGGCGAGCCCCGUCGGCGACAACUUCGUCUACAAUUGCGCGGUCAUGAAGGCGUGAUUCCAGCACAGAUCGGUGAUGCAGAUCCCGUGUCAUCGAAUUCGUGGCAACCAUUAGACAAAUUGGAGUAAACAAUGGAGGCCCCGGAAACCACCAUCAAUCAUCGUCAUCAUCAUUUCGGUUACUUAAGAGAGACAAGGCAAGAGGUGGGCGAUCUAAUUCCCCUCGCUGUUCUUUAGAGUGUUUUUUUCUUUUCUUCUUUCUUUGUCUCAUGGAUUGUCUUUGCUUGCUGUGGAUCAUCCGAAUUUGGCUGUGAGGCUGUGGAUUCUUUCUGCGUCCUUGUGGGUCCGUGGCUUGAAUUUUAUUCAUUGAAGUCACGAUCGAUUGCUUCCCUGCUUGCGUUUAUGAUGCUCCUAGUGCGCUGUUUUUGCUUAAUUUUUUUGGGUUUUCUUUGCUUGAUUCGUCUCUCCCGGACCACCAUUGUCAGACAAGUUUUGGAUGGAUGGAUGGCUUGCUGGAAGGCAAGAGAAAGUCUCUCUCAGUGUAUCCAUGGCUUUAAAUCCAUCCAUCCUUCUCGGAUCCAAGCCGAGAAUCUCUUGUGGAUUGUGGAAUCACUUCUCGAAACAGUGGCUGGUCACUUGUCAAAAAGCUUCCAUGGUACUUCGCGUGGGUUUGGUCGGAUAUUUGCAUUGGUUGAUGUGCUGCCGGUCAAAUUCCAUUCUUUAAGUUGUUUUCGUGUGGCUGGAGAUUCACACUGGAUCUCGCGUUAAUUGUGCCUUCCCGGUCUUGCUGUGACUCAGAUCACAUCAUGGAAAACUUUCCAAGCUCAAUCAGUCAGUCCUCCCUUUUUUGCUUGAAACUCCCAUUCUUCUUUGGUUGCUUGCUCGCUUCAAUCAUUCCAUCUUCUUUGCUAACAAAGUCAUCGAAAUGGUGGAGUCUGCCGUUGCUAUGAUA